CUGAAUGCACCAUGUAGAGCAGACAGACCGGAGAAACAAAAAGUAGCAGCGGUUCGUCGACGCGCCGUCAAGACGUCCUUAAACACUGUCCAACACUCGGAUAAAACUGAGUUUCAGAAAUGUAAACGGAGUCUACUUUGUGGUGAAGAUGUAUUUCAUCGCAGUUUUCGUCCUUUUGGGGACGAGACUGACGGUAAACAGCGAGAAACAUUCCCUCAUGUACAUGUACACUGCCUUCUCCAAACCUGUCGAACUUCCGGGCAUCCACGAGUUCACAGCUAUGGGUCUGAUGGACGACAGGAUGAUCGACUACUAUGACAGUGAUCUAAAGAAAAAAAUUCCCAAGGAGCCCUGGAUGGAAGAGAAGCUUCCAGCAGACUACUGGGAGAACGGCACACAGUCCCGCCUGAGCAAGCAGCAGUGGUUCAAAGUCAACAUCGACAUCCUGAAGCAACGAAUGAAUCAGACUGAUGAUGAUGUCCAUAUUCUUCAGUGGAUGGUCGGUUGUGAGGGUGAGAAGAGGCCUGAUGGCAGUGUGAGGUUUAGUCGCGGCGUUGACAUGUACAACUAUGACGGACAAGACUUCCUGUCCUUCGACGAUGCCAAUGCAGUCUGGGUUGCCUCCACUGAUAUAGCAGUCCCGACCAAGAGAAAGUGGGAUGAUGACCAGGUCCUAAAAGAAUACACCAAAGGCUACCUGGAGAACGAGUGUAUAGAUUGGUUGAAGAAGUUCAUGACAUACGGACAAAAGCAGCUGCAAGCAGCCUCUCCGCCAGAUGUGUACGUGUUUGCCACGAACACCAAAACUGAGACAAACGUCACGUUGACCUGCCUGGCCACAGGUUUCUACCCAAAAGACAUCAUCCUGGAGAUCAAAAGAGACGGCCACGUUUUGACUAAAGAGGACGGGUUGUUGACCUCAGGUGUUCGACCAAAUGAAGACGAUACCUACCAGAGAAGAGAUAGUGUGGAGAUUUUAAGGAGUGAUGUUGCUUCAUACAGAUGUGAAGUCACUCACAGAGCAACCGGUGUAUAUGUGGAGAAGGUUUGGGAUGGUUAUUGUCCUGACCCUCCUGGAGGAAACAGUGUAGGCAUUAUUGCUGUAGUGAUUGUGGUCGUUCUGCUUGUCAUCAUCGUGGCUGCAGUGCUGGUGGUGUAUAGAAAAGGGUCCAGAUCACGUCGCAGAAGCAGCCAUAAUUAUAGCACUGGUGCCUCAUCUUUACCACUUGAUGAAGUUCCUGCCCCAGGUAAGUGCUUUACUUUUCUGCUGUGGAUUCUUUUAAAGAUUGAAAUGUUAAAUGUUUUGGUGCUAAAGAUGUUUAUAAUGUUACAACAAUGACUCAGAUGGAGGCAGCAUGAUGAAGGAAUCCCAAAUGUCUGAAUAAACCAAAUUUAACUUUAUUAAUAAAUUAAAGUGUAAAAAAAAAGCUGAGACAGAGGAGGAGGAAGGGCCUCUUGUAGGUUGGCUAGGAGCCACUGAGUGGACAGGUGCAGUUGUUCAGACAUAAAUCACCAACCUGAGGCAGACCUUCUGGACACGAGCCUCUGCCAUACAUUACCAGUUCACCUUCAGAAGUCUAACUGGUAUCAGUCAUUUCUGUAAACACAGCAAGAAUAUAGACUUAUAGACCAAAAGACAAACCAAACCAACCAAAGACCAAACAAUCCUGAUUAUUAAAAAAAAGAAUCAAAGAGGAUGUAGAGACAGAAAAAGCUCCACGUUUUAUCAGACACAUGGACUCAUAUUAAGAGAAGAUGGUCAGUAAGUCAAAUCAUUAGUUAAGGCAGCCCUGUCUGUAAACUCUGAAUCAUGAACUUCACACUUUCCUCAGUUAAAAAAAGGAUAUGUAUAUUUUGAAUUUUAAUAAGUGCAGCUGUUUAUUAGUAGUGUUAAUGUUGUCUUUAUUUACAGUCACCACUCUGCCAGCCACAACCAACAAUGUCCAAGGUAACUACUUUCUUUCUUUCCCAUCAGAAAAACACUGACUGAGGCUUUAAAGGA